AUGCUUCAGCUUGGAGACCGGGAUAUGCCCGAGAUUCCUGGCACAAAACUAGCCGGCGAGGAACUCCACGAGUUGAGGCUCAUGCUCGCAGAUCUUCUCAAACGAAGAAAUACCCUGUUCCCUGGUUCCCAGCCCGUGUCUUUCGAAAGGCAUCAUCUCGAGGUUCUAAAAAAUAGAGACUACUUUGUUUGUGAGAAGUCCGACGGAUUGCGGUGCUUGCUUUUCCUUGUUCAUGAUAACGCCAGAGGUGAAGGUGUGUUUCUUGUUACUCGAGAGAACGAAUUCUAUCACGUACCUGGCAUCCACUUUCCAUCUGAAGUUAAGGAAGAAAACGGUGAAACAUAUCAUCACGGCACUCUUCUAGACGGCGAGCUUGUUUUGGAGACCAAGAAUGUCCUGGAGCCAUUCCUUCGAUACUGCAUUUUUGAUGCUCUUGUGGUCAACGAAAAAGAUGUCACCAACAGACCUCUACCUAAGCGUUUGGGCUACAUUACGGAGAAUGUGAUGAAACCAUUCGACAGUUUCAAGGCUCGCCACCCGGAGAUUGUUAACGGUGCUGACUUUCCAUUCAAAGUCAGUUUCAAGAUGAUGAAGCUGUCGUACAGAGCAAACAUGGUUCUAUCCAUGCAAGACCAGCUAUUCCAUGAAUCUGACGGUUUGAUUUUUACAUGUGCCGAGACUCCAUACAUUUUCGGCACGGACGCUACGCUUUUGAAGUGGAAGCCAGCCCACGAGAAUACGAUAGACUUUAAAAUGAACAUGGUAUUCAAACAAUUCCAAGACCCUGACAUGGAUCCUCGUGACCCUGAUUCCACCUACACUGAUUACGAUAGCAAGCCUGAGGAGUUCAAGUUGAGUGUGUGGAAAGGUGGGAAAGACUACGAAGAAUUCGCCGAACUAGACGUCACCGAAGAGGAAUGGGAACAGCUAAAAGGAAUCAAUGAGCCAUUGCAAGGCCGUGUGGUUGAGUGCAGAAAGAAAAUAUCCAAACCUCCAUUUUGGGAAAUGCUCCGAUUCCGUAACGAUAAAUCCAACGGUAAUCACUACACCAUUGUCGAAAAGAUUCUUCACAGUAUCGCUGAUGGUGUUUCCGAGAAGGAGCUCAUUGAUUCUUGUCCAAAUAUCGAAAAAUCGUGGAAGAGGAGAGAGUAUGAAAGGGCCCAGAAGGCCAAGCAAGCACACCAACAACAGGCACAACAUGGUAGCACGCAUUCACAACCACCACAUCCACAACAACCACACCACAGAGUUCUGUCGCCGAAUUCGCUGCCUAAGCAACAGAAGCGCCGCCCCUCUGACCUCGAUAAUCACACGCCGAAGAAGGCUCGCAAACAUAGCAGUGCCGAGGCCAGGCCUGAAGAGGCUAGAAUGCUUCAAGACAUGAUGCCUGACUACGAGGAGGAAAGCGAUCUGGAGUGA